UGAGACUGGAUAACAAUCCCAGAUUAAACUUGGCCCCGGUUGCUAUAGUAACAUUUAACCCCAUAGGCCGGUCUGAGGAAUUUGCCCCUCUCUUCUUCUCCACCCACUCGGCCGCUCAUCGCUCUCUCUUUCUCCUGUCAGCUGAGCUCGUCCAAAGGGUUCGCACAGAGGCGAAGACGAUCGUGGCGUUGGGAGGUCCUCCAAUUGUUUGCAUCUGUGGGUGAGAGCUUCUUCACAGAGUCGACGAAGAAGACGACAUCGCUGGACAGAACGAAGAACACAGCUUCUUCUUGAGAUGCUUGUUUGGAGCAAGAUCCUGAGAGUAAAGUGGCUUGCGAGACCUGUGCCGAAACAAAUGUGGUUAUGAUCCUUGUUGGUCUUGAUGCCGAUAGUUGCAAGGUUCUUGUCAAUAUUGAACAACAAUGCCCUGAAAUUGCCCAGGUUGUUCAUGGUCACUUCACCAAGAAACCUGAGGAGAUUAGAGCUGGUGACCAAGGACACAUGUUUGGUUAUGCGACCGAUGAAACCCCUGAGCUGAUGCCACUAACCCAUGUUCUUGCUACUAAACUUGGAGCCAAACUCACAGAGGUGAGAAAGAAUGGAACUUGCCCCUGGCUCAGGCCUGAUGGUAAGAUCCAAGUGACUGUUGAGUACAGUAAUGAGAUGGGGGUGAUGAUCCCAUUGAAGGUCCACACUGUUGUUAUCUCAACCCAACAUGAUGAGACCGUCUCAAACGAGCAAAUUGGAAAGGACUUAAAGGAGCAUGUGAUUAAGCCGGUCAUUCCUUCCAAGUACAUUGACGACAAGACAAUUUUUCACCUCAACCCAUUAGGCCGAUUUGUUAUUUGUGGGCCUCGUGGGGAUGCAGGGCUAACUGGUAGGAAGAUUAUAGUCGACACAUGGUGGCUGGGUGCCCAUGGCGGUGGUGCCUUCUCAGGAAAGGAUCCCAGCAAGGUGGAUCGUAGCGGUGCAUAUAUAGCCAGGCAGGCUGCAAAGAGUGUGGUGACUUCAGGGCUUGCCCGUCGAUUUAUUGUGCAAGAUUCUUAUGCAAUAGGUAUGCAAGAACCAUUAUCAGUAUUUGUUGACACUUACAGAACGGGGAAGAUUCCAGACAAGGAUAUUCUGGUUCUAAUCAAGCUGAACUUUGAUUUCAAGCCAGGGAUGGUUUCAAUCAAUCUUGAUUUGAAAAGAGGAGGCAACUUCAGGUAUCAGAAGACUGCUGUUUAUGGCCAUUUUGGCCGUGAUGACCCAAAUUUUACAUGGGAAACUGUUAAGCUCCUUAAUCCUAAAUAGGGCUGUUAUGAUCCACCACAACUGGAUGCUUUCCCAAGCAUUCUUCUUUUUGAUUGCCUACCUCACCCUGUGAAGAAGAGUACAAAUUGGGCAAUUUUGUAUAAAUCUCGAAGUUGGUCUUUCAAGUGCAAUGGUUUUCGAAUUAAACAGAGAAGUAUUAGAUGUUGCACAGCUGAAGUUGAAGUAAUUGAAGUACUGUAUAGUUGGGGAAUCGUUUUAUUUAUUCUUGUUAUUUCUUUUUUAGCCAAUUUUAUGCACUAAUGUUUGGGAAGUAUGUGUUUUUGGGUAAACCUGCAUGAGGUUCUGUUCCC